AUGGACAAGAUCACAGACAAGAUAGCGGCAUUGCCGCCAGACUCGUCUUACUUCUCGCUGGAGUUCUUCCCUCCAAAGACAGCCAUGGGUUUCUCCAACCUGCGAGAUCGUCUCGACCGAAUGGCUCGCGCCCUUCGUCCCCUCUUUGUCAAUGUCACUUGGGGCGCUGGUGGUUCAACUGCUCAAAAGUCUCUAGAGUUGGCAGAGAUCUGCCAGCGAGAACUUGCUUUAACCACAUGUUUGCACCUUACUUGCACAAACAUGAGCCGAAAGCUGAUUGACAAAGCACUGGAGGAUGCCAAAGCCUUGGGUAUCAGGAAUAUCUUGGCACUCAGGGGUGACCCUCCUCGUCCGGGCGAGUACGCCAUAGCCGACGACUCGGAGGGAGAUGUCAACGAAUUUACUUGGGCAAUCGAUCUGGUUCGGUACAUAAAGCGGAAUCAUGGCGACUACUUUUGCGUCGGUGUUGCCGCCUAUCCCGAGGGUCACGCCGAGGAAAGCCAUCCGACGAACCAGAGUCUGGAGCACGACCUGCCAUAUUUAGUAGAAAAAACGCAGGCCGGCGCAGACUUCAUAAUAACGCAGCUCUUCUUUGAUAUCAGCGCAUAUGACAAUUUUGAGAGGACCUUGAGAGAGCAUCCAAGUGGCGCGUUCAAGGACAUCCCCAUCAUACCAGGAUUGAUGCCCAUCCAAAACUACCAGAUGAUCAAAAGGACGACUAAGCUCAGCCAUGCCAAGAUCCCGGAUCCCCUUAUGGCACGUCUAGAUGCGGUGAAGAAGGACGAUGAGCAGGUUAAGAAAGUUGGAGUGGAUAUCAUCAGUGAAUUGGUUGACCAAGUCAAAGAGGUCAAGAACAGAAGCUCUGGCCCCAAAGGCUUCCAUUUUUACACACUUAACCUGGAGAAGGCCGUUUCAUUCAUUGUCGAACGCACAAACCUCAUCCCACCCAGUACACCAGAUGACGAUGAGGUCGCCGUCUUGGAUGACGUAGCUGUACCGUCUAUCCAUCUAAACGGCGCAACACCAGUCAACGACCAUGUAUCAGCCUCGUCACUUCACCCGCCGACACACGCCGGCUCCAGGAGACAGUCGACUAUCGGGUCCGAUCCGCGGAACCGUGUCAUCGUCAGCAGUGGCCGCCCAGCCUCCCACCCAGACUACGAGGCUACCGGAUUUGAAGCCAGUGUGCCCGCACAGGCAAUCAACAGCCGCGCCAACACCCUCGCCAUCUCCGAGGGCGAGGGCGUCUUGGGUAGGGAGGCAACUUGGGAUGACUACCCCAACGGAAGAUGGGGUGACGCCCGUUCGCCCGCUUACGGUGAAAUCGAUGGCUACGGAGUCAGCUUGCACAUGUCAGGGACACAAGCCGUUCAGCUCUGGGGUAGACCGGCUACAGUGGAGGAUGUUAGCAACAUAUUCAUGCGCCACCUGAAAGGUGAAUUGCCCGCAAUCCCAUGGAGCGAGGAGGAGUUUAACGCAGAGACCGAGACCAUCCGCGACACGCUGUUGGCGCUCAAUUCGCGCGGAUGGUGGACCGUCGCCAGUCAGCCUGCUGUCAACGGUCUAAGGUCCAACGACAGGACAUUUGGCUGGGGUCCGCAGAAUGGGUUCGUCUUUCAGAAAGCCUUUGUCGAGAUGUUCCUGCCGAACAAGGAUUGGAAGGAGCUGCGCGAAAAGCUGCUGCGUGAAAAGGACAUUGUCUGUUUCUACGCUAGCAAUGCCAAGGGAGAUUUCGAAUCCUCAGAUGGCGGCGGCGAUGCCCCUGAUGGCGCCCCCACGGGUAACGGAAUUGAGGAUGAGCAGCCACUCCCCAGCGGUAGCAGUACAAACGCUGUGACUUGGGGCGUUUUCCCUGGCAAGGAGAUUGUCACACCGACUAUCAUCGAGGAGGUCAGCUUCCGGGCCUGGAGCGAGGAGGCGUUUGGAAUCUGGGCAGAGUGGGCGAAGGUGUAUGGCAAGGACUCCCCGAGCGAGAAGCUGCUAGAGUCGCUGCGGGCUGACUUGUGGCUUGUCAACAUUAUCCACCAUGACUACAUCGAGAAGGAGGCUUUGUGGGAUUUGUUACUGAAAUGA